ACUGGAUUCCAGUCAGUCCACAGUGUGAGAGAUUCGAUGAGCAGCGGUGGUCCAAGGGAAACACGUUCAGUCCUCAGGGGGAUUUCUGUCUCUUUAUUUCUUUUGGUUUCAGUUUCUAAUACAUUGAGUGCAUCCGUGUUUGUGCGAGUUCUUAAAGAGGGGGAUCAGAAAAAAACCACAUCAUCAGACAUGGCAGCCAUCAGCAGCUCAAACACAGAGUUCUCCUUGGAGUUGCUCCGCACUUUGAGCCAAGCAAAUCCUACUGGAAACAUCUUCGUUUCUCCGUUGAGCAUCAGCUCAGCCCUGGCGAUGGUUUACCUGGGGGCUAAAGGAGACACUGCUGCUCAGAUGGCAAAGGCCCUCUCCUUCAAAUCAAGCGAAGACAUCGUCCAUGCGGAUUUCCAGAGUCUCAACGCCGACAUCAACUCCCCGUCUGCAUCCUACAUCCUGAAACUAGCCAACCGUCUUUAUGGAGAAAACACCUCCAAGUUUCUCCCCAAAUUCCUGGAAGCCACACUGAAAUACUACCAGGCAGACCUGAAGGCUGUUGAUUUCAUCGGCGCUCCAGAGGCCUGCAGAGCUGAGAUCAACACCUGGGUGGAGCAGCAGACAGAAAAUAAGAUAAAAGACCUGCUAAAGCCAGGAACAGUCACUGCAAUGACCAGAUUGGCUCUGGUCAAUGCAAUUUACUUCAAGGGAAAUUGGAUGAACCGUUUUGAUGUAGCAAACACCAAAGAGAUGACAUUUAAAGUCAACCAGAAUGAGACAAAGACAGUCCAGAUGAUGUACCAGAUGAAGAAGCUGCCAUACAACUACAUCCCUGAUCACGGUCUGCAGAUCCUGGAGCUGCCGUACGUGGAUGAGGAGCUCAGCAUGUUCAUCCUGCUGCCUCAGGAGUCCACAGACGGCUCUGACCCUCUGCUGAAGCUGGAGAAGGAGCUGACGCAGGAGAGGCUGAAUGAAUGGACCAACAGAGAUAACAUGGACACCCACUCAGAAGUCUUGAUCCAUCUGCCAAAGUUCAAGCUGGAGGAAGACUAUGAGCUGAACGAGCCUCUGGCUCAGAUGGGCAUGGCAGACGUGUUCAGUGCAGCCAAGGCUGACCUGUCUGGCAUGAAUGGCGAUGGGGGACUCUUCUUGUCUACAGUGGCCCACAAGGCCUUUGUGGAGGUGAAUGAAGAGGGCACAGAAGCAGCUGCAGCCACAGCCGGCAUAGCAAAUUUCUGCAUGUUGAGGGAGGAACACUUCACAGCGGAUCACCCCUUCCUCUUCUUCAUCAGGCACAACAAGACCAAGUCCAUCCUCUUUCUCGGCAGGUUCUCUUCUCCUCAGUAGAAAAACCAGCUGAGGACGAUGAUGGACCAACUGAAAUAAAAAAAAAAGAAACACAAAGUAAAUAAAGCCUUUCAUUCCUGUUAUGCUUUAAUUGAAAAACCUUGUAUCUUUGACUGCUUAUUCCAAUAAACACUGAAAAAGUUUAGUUUG